GCAGCGGCACACCGGGCUGGACUCCGGGCAGCGGCACAUCGGGCAGGACUCAGGGCAGGACUCCGGGCAGAGGCACAUCGAGCUGGACUCCGGGCAGGACUCCGGGCAGAGGCACAUCGAGCUGGACACCGGAUCACCAGGCGGAGCAGCAGGCACCGGGCCACCAGGUGGAGCAGCGGGCGCCGGGCCCCCAGGCGGAGCGACAGGCAUCGGGCCCCCAGGUGGGGCGGCGGGCACCAGGCCAUCUGGCGCUGGAUCGUCUGGCUCGACAGCGGGCAUCGGGUCACCAGGCAUGACAGCAGGCACUGGGUCAUCAGGCAUUGGAUC